UGGCAUAAUAUAAAUUUUGUGAACUUGGCUUGGACACACAGGGACUUGAGUGUCUCCUGAGACGCUAUUGAGAAGACUAAUUCUUCUGAAAUCCAAAGCACCAGAGUUUGGGUUGAAACACAUUAGAAAAUGGGGCUUGGCACGGGGAAUGAUAAGUACAAACUGACAGCAACUUCUGAAAAUGAAGUCAAAAAGCCCAAAAAGGUGAAAAGAAAGAAGAGGGACAUGAAUGACCUGAAAAAAGAAGUGGAACUGGAUGACCACAAGUUGACACUGGAUGAGCUCCACCGAAAAUAUGGCACUGACCCAAACAAUGGCUUGACUUCUUCUCAAGCAAGGGAGAACUUAGAGCGUGAUGGGCCGAAUGCUUUGACUCCACCUCCUACAACUCCAGAAUGGGUGAAGUUCUGCACACAGCUCUUUGGUGGAUUCCAAACUCUGCUGUGGUUUGGUGCAUUUCUUUGCUUCAUGGCUUAUGGAAUCCAGGCAGCCUCCGUAGAAGAACCAGCAAACGACAAUCUGUAUCUGGGACUUGUGCUUGCUUUCGUUGUUAUAGUUAAUGGAUGUUUCUCAUACUACCAAGAGGCCAAGAGCUCAAAGAUAAUGGAAUCUUUCAAGAACCUUGUCCCUCAGCAAGCGCUAGUUAUUCGUGAUGGAGAAAAACAGAUCAUCAGUGCUGAGGAGGUGGUUGUAGGUGAUCUUGUGGAGGUCAAAGGUGGAGACAGAAUCCCAGCUGAUCUUCGUAUUGUCUCUGCACAUGGAUGCAAGGUGGACAACUCUUCCCUUACUGGUGAAUCUGAGCCCCAGUCUCGUACUCCUGACUUCUCCAAUGAAAACCCCCUGGAGACAAGAAACAUUGCGUUUUUCUCUACGAAUUGUGUUGAAGGUGCCGCCAAAGGUGUUGUCAUCAACACUGGUGACCAUACCGUCAUGGGUCGUAUCGCCACCCUUGCCUCCAGUCUGGAAGGUGGACAAACACCAAUUGCUAAAGAGAUUGAGCACUUCAUCCAUAUCAUCACUGCAGUAGCGAUCUUCCUGGGUGUGUCCUUCUUCAUCCUCUCCAUACUCCUUGGUUAUGGCUGGUUGGAAGCAGUCGUUUUCCUAAUUGGAAUAAUUGUUGCGAAUGUACCUGAGGGUCUCCCUGCAACUGUAACUGUGUGUCUGACUCUGACUGCCAAAUGUAUGGCAAAGAAGAACUGCCUGGUGAAGAAUCUCGAAGCUGUGGAGACUCUUGGCUCAACCUCCACCAUCUGCUCUGACAAGACUGGAACUUUGACCCAAAACCGAAUGACCGUGGCUCAUAUGUGGUUUGACAACCAGAUUCAUGAAGCAGACACUACAGAGAACCAAAGUGGAACAUCUUUUGACAGGAGCUCAGCUACAUGGGCCGCCCUUGCACGUGUCGCUGGUCUGUGCAACCGUGCAGUUUUUCGUGGUGAUCAGAACCAUCUGCCAAUCCUAAAAAGAGACACAGCGGGUGAUGCUUCAGAGUCUGCUCUGUUGAAGUGUAUUGAGCUUUGCUGUGGUUCAGUGAAGGAAAUGAGAGAGAAGUACACAAAGAUUGUCGAGAUCCCUUUCAACUCCACCAACAAAUACCAGCUUUCAAUCCACAAGAAUCCUAAUUCCUCAGAGUCUAAGCACCUGCUGGUGAUGAAGGGCGCCCCUGAGAGAAUCUUGGAGAGAUGCUCCUCCAUUUUGAUUCACGGAAAACAACAGACUUUAGAUGAAGAAAUGAAAGAUUCUUUCCAAAAUGCUUAUGUAGAACUCGGAGGUCUUGGAGAAAGAGUGCUGGGUUUAUGCCACAUGUUCCUCCCUGAUGACCAGUUUCCUGAAGGUUUCGCAUUUGAUUCUGAAGAAGUGAACUUCCCCACUGAGAACUUGUGUUUCAUUGGCCUUAUGUCCAUGAUUGACCCUCCUCGGGCUGCUGUACCAGAUGCUGUGGCCAAGUGCCGGAGUGCUGGAAUCAAGGUUAUCAUGGUUACUGGUGACCACCCAAUUACAGCCAAGGCUAUUGCAAAGGGUGUUGGCAUUAUCUCUGAGGGCAACGAGACUGUGGAUGAUAUUGCAGCUCGGCUGAAAAUCCCUGUUGGGGAGGUGAAUCCAAGAGAUGCUAAGGCCUGUGUGGUCCAUGGUGGAGAACUGAAGAAUAUGAGAGAUGAAGACCUAGAUGAGAUCCUCCAACACCAUACAGAAAUUGUGUUUGCCAGAACUUCUCCACAACAAAAGCUGAUCAUUGUAGAAGGCUGCCAGCGACAGGGUUCCAUCGUAGCUGUAACAGGUGAUGGUGUGAAUGAUUCUCCUGCUCUGAAGAAGGCUGACAUUGGUGUGGCUAUGGGUAUUGCUGGAUCUGAUGUAUCCAAACAGGCUGCUGACAUGAUCUUGCUGGAUGACAACUUUGCUUCAAUUGUCACCGGAGUAGAAGAAGGCCGUUUGAUCUUUGACAACUUGAAGAAGUCCAUUGCCUACACUCUGACUAGUAAGAUCCCUGAGAUGUCACCCUUCCUCAUGUUUGUCCUCGUGGGUAUUCCUCUACCCUUGGGCACCGUCACCGUUCUCUGCAUUGACCUCGGCACUGACUUGAUUCCUGCUAUCUCAUUGGCCUAUGAAAAUCCAGAAAAUGAUAUAAUGAAGAGACAACCCAGAAAUGCUCAAACAGAUAGGCUGGUGAAUCAAAGACUAAUCAGUAUGGCCUAUGGUCAAAUCGGUAUGAUCCAAUCAGUUGCAGGUUUCUUUACCUACAUUGUUGUUAUGGGUGAGAAUGGAUUCAAGCCCAGUGAUCUGCCAGGACUUCGAGUUGGCUGGGAAGAUAGGUCUAUCAGUGAUCUAGAAGACAGCUAUGGCCAGCAAUGGACCUAUGAGAGCAGAAAGAUUAUCGAGUUCACAUGCCACACAGCAUUCUUUGUCAGUAUUGUGGUUACGCAGUGGGGUGACUUGAUCAUAGUCAAAACCAGGAGGAACUCCAUCGUACAGCAAGGAAUGAAAAACCGAGUCCUCAUCUUUGCUCUGUGUGAGGAAGCUGCUCUGGCAGCUUUUCUGUCCUACUGCCCAGGCAUGGACGUUGCUGUUAGAAUGUAUCCGCUCAGACCGUUGUGGUGGUUCAUUGCCUUCCCAUACUCGCUGCUCCUCUUCAUCUAUGAUGAAAUCAGAAAAUACAUCCUACGGCAGAAUCCUGGAGGAUGGGUGGAACAAGAAACAUACUAUUAAAGCAAGAAGACCUUGUAGUUGGAAACAUACUGUAUGCAAGAAAACAUUCAUCUUCAAAUACUUAAACUUAUUACGACUCUAGUCAUUGUCAGUAAAUAAAUGUCACAUUAGAUGAA